CAAAAACAGAAUAAUUUCUUGGAAAAUUGUAUUGUUUAUUGUUUGUUAUUUUGCGACUCAUCCUCGUAUUCAUCUUGCGGAUUCUUUGUGUUUCUCUUAAAAAUGGAUAAUAACUUACAACAUGAAGAUUUGUUGAUAAAAUUGCGCGGUAAACUGAAUCAAGAAAAGGUGAAAUUAUGGGAAGCUCCAUUUAUUACCCAAGAUAAUGAAAUUACGCAAAACUUUAAGGAUAUAGUCACGAAAUAUGCAAAAGAACUCAGUUUAGAAACUGAUGUAGUUCAGCAAGCUUUGCGUGAACUUCAAUUACACUCGCUCGAGCGGUCUAAGGAUAAUGAGGAGUUCAAAGAGACAGGGCUUGCAUCCUUUAGGAUCAAAGCCACUAUACCUGGUGAAAAACCAAAGAUGAUGAAAUUUCAAAAGAAGCUUGAGUGCCUUGGAUCUGAGCUGAUAGCUGCCAUUGCUGCGGAGAUUGGUGUUACAGAGAAUAGAGUGAAGUUAAUAUUCAACGGGAAAGUAAUUAAGCCUACCCCUAGCUUGGAGCAGCAAGGGUUGAAAAAUGGAGCUACUAUGAUGGCCCUCGUAAUGGCAGAAACUCCUGAGGAGGUAAAAAAAGAGGAGAAUAUGUACAUGGAGAUGAAGACAGUCCGAGAUGAUGCCACACUGCUGUCCGAGUAUGUUGACGAGCUGGCUGAUGAUGACGAGUAUGUAAAGCUGGAGGACCAGUCUGGCGCGACGGUGGAGCUGCCCCCGGCGGAGCGGCGCGCGCUGGUGGUGGGGCUGGCGCUGCACGAGCGCGGCCGCACCGCCGCCAGGCAACACGACUACUCGCUCGCACUCGUGCUGCUGCUCGAGGCUGACCGACAGCUCAGCGAGUGUAGGUCGGGCAUCCUGUCGUCGGUGGACAACUGGGCGGUGCUGCAGCUGGACGUGUCGUGGUGCUACCUGUGCCUGCGCAGCCUGCCGCACGCGGCGGACGCGGCGGCGCGCCUCCAGCGGGCCCACGCCGCCUUCCGCGCCUCCUACGGGGAGGACCAUUCCAGGCUCAUCGCGCUUAAAGGCAGCGCAGCGGACGAGCGUGUCCUGCUGAUGCGGCUGUACCUGCUGCAAGGCAUCGUCUGCUACCACCAGAACAAGCGCGACGAGGCACGCGCGCUGCUCGCCAAGGCGGAGACCGAGCUCAACGCGCUCAGGGUGGACGAGGCGGGCGUGGUGUCGCUGAUGGAGCUGGGCUGGUCGCGCGGCGCGGCCCGCACGGGGCUGCGCGCCGCCGCGGGGGACGUCGACGCCGCGCACCACUACCUCGCCCACAGGAAGGCGCAGCGGGACCGCGCCAGGGACGCACAUCGCUCCGACAGACAGCGUCGCCUGCUAGGAGUGUGUGAGGACGGGUCGAUGGUGAACGCUCAGCUGGUGGACGCGCUGGUGGGUAUGGGGUACCCGAGGAGUAUCGCCGUCACUGCGCUGCGCAACUCCAACAACCACGUCGCUGAAGCCGUCAGGCUCAUACAGGAACAACCUGAAUUGCUGGAAAGCGACAGAUCCUCGGACGACGCUUCCACCAUCAGCUCGGACGACUCCAACAUCGUGCCGGACAACAAGCUGGUCGCUGAGUUGGAGGCGAUGGGGUACGAGAGGGAGGCGGCCCGCGCGGCCCUCCGCCACUCGAGGAACCACAUCAGCGGCGCCGUCGACCGCCUCCUCGCCGGCACCGGCCCCGCGCUGCACAAAGGUGACGACCCUGAGGACCCUUCCACCAGCUCAGGAGUUGUCUCCAAGAAGAAGAAAACUAAGAAAGCACACAAGAAAGAUAAAAGGAGGAAAGAGCGGGAUCAAGCUCUACGCCGGCUGACCGCAGCUAUAAAGACUGAAGAGGAUGACUACCUGGACACCUCCCUCACUGAAGAGGAGGAAUUCCUCGCGCAGUACAAGUCACUCCUGUAGACUGAUACUCUAUGGUAACUAACAUCUUUUACAAAAAUAAGAUCUCGUAUUUUUAAACUAUAAUUAUACAGACAAAUAAUAAUUAUGACUUAUAUUUGUAUAUUUUUCGAGAAGGGCUGACUAAUUUCAAGCCACUUCGGGGCUCUUGUCUUAGUCAGCUGUCUAGUUUCGAGCUCGAAACUAGUCUUUGUGACUUAAUAUUAGUGUUUAUAUCUAAAAAACUAUUUUAUUUGACUUGUUAGGAUUUUUGGCAAAUUUUACGUGUUUUGAAAUAUUUUAAGUUUAUUGAA